GUCAAUGUUUUUUUUGGUAUUAGAAAAAGUGAAACUACACACUACGGCUAAAUUUUUGACGGGCUGGACUAUGAAAGUGAACUUCCGAGUGUCAUUGUUCGGCGAGUUUGUGAAAAGUUUACAAGAAACAUGUUUGCCAAACAUGUCUUCAAUUACUGUGGUACUUCUCUUUCGUCUUCUCUUCUGUAUUGUUUAUCAACCAAUUUGUCGAUCAUGUCAUGGUCGCUACCAUUUAAAAUUGCAUAUUCAAUAUGUGUAUCUGUCAUCUUUAUACUCCCUGCUUUGGUUGGCUACGCCUUGCGCUUACGAGUGGUCAGCAUGGGCUUCCUGGCACUGGGCGUCUAUGGACUUGUUGUACUCAUAUUCAUUGUUCUACAACUUAUAUUUGCAACCCUCAAUCGCAUACACGCUGUUCGAUUUCGACGCAAAGAAAACAAAGUAGAACCUGAGAAAGGCCAUGAUUACCACAAAGUUGGACUAGCUGUGGUAGGUUACAGAGAAUCGCCUGAACUCUUUUCUCAAUGCUUGAUGUCUAUCAAGCAAUUGGAUUAUCCACUUCCGCUCAAGAUUGUUGUGGUCAUUGAUGGAGACGGUCAGGAAGACUACGAAAUGGCACAUGUAUUCGAAAAAGAGUUCUCGGACAGCCCAGUCAUUAGCAUACCAUACCUUUUAUCUGAAGCGACCGAGGAUGAAAAAUUGGAAUUCAAAAAGUUAUGUGAUACGGCGCCACAAGUUUCAUGUUAUUUACAACCCCAUAGAGGAAAACGACAUGCUAUGUAUACCGCCUUUCGAUUUUUAAUGGCCAGCGGCUCAGACGCCGUCAUGACAACCGACUCGGAUACAAAAUUCGAUUCAAGAGCAAUUUUAGAGCUGGAAAGAGCAUUACACUGGUAUGGCAAUGUGGGUGCUGCUGCCGGGGAUGUCCGUAUUUGGAACACGGGAAAUUUACUGUCUUUUAUGUCGUCUUUACGAUACUGGAUGGCGUUCAACAUCGAAAGAGCCGCACAGUCUUUCAAUCGAUGUGUCACUUGUGUCUCUGGACCCAUGGGGAUGUACAAGGCCAGCGCUUUAGAAGAAGUCUUGGAAAAAUGGAUCAAGCAGCGUUUCCUAGGCAUGGAGUGCACAUAUGGAGACGAUAGACAUUUGACAAAUCGUGUACUGCUGAAGGGACAUCAAGUAGUGUACACACAUCUUGCCUUCUGUGACACUGAGACACCAGAAAACUUUUUGCGAUGGUUCAAGCAGCAAACUAGAUGGUCAAAAAGCUUUUAUCGAGAACUACUAUGGAAUGCAAAGAGUAUCCAUAAACACAGCCCAUGGAUGGCAGCAGAGUUGUUCUACCAAGGACUCUACCCAUUUAUUCUCAUGUUCUCGAUUUUCUUCACUUUGUGGGCUCGGGUUCCUUUGGUCCUGGUGACCUGGCUUGCCAGCUUAGUAGGCAUAGGUCUAAUCAAGAUGUUUUAUGCACUUGUUGUCUCUCGCAACAUAAGGUUCCUAGCAUUCCCUCUCUACAGUUUGUACUACUUACUUGGUCUAGUUCCAGCCAAACUUUGGGCGCUGGUGUCGAUGUGGGAUGUUGGAUGGGGCACAAGCGCUCGAUCGGCCACGGAACUCAAACGAGAAACCCAGAUAUUCCUUAGGUUCAAGGAAUUCCUCCCUAUAUUAUUCUGGUGGUCCAUUAUGUUGGCAGGAGUCAUAUUUAACCUGACAUUCUAUUUCGUGCACCCUCCACUGUUGCCUAGUGACAUCUCUCAACCAACCAGUAUCGUAUUUUACCCUAAUCCAGCCAUGAUUGGAGUUGCAGGAUAUUAAAACAACUACAAAAAAAUGUAUACAUGACAUGACAUCACAAUAAACAAAAAUGUACUUCAAAACUGAUGAAUUGAAA